AUGUCUCUCAGCACUCGUGCUUUUGAACUGAAACAGGAAGCGUAUUUCACAAGUGCUGGAAGGUUCAAACAAAAUUUACCGGGCCGCGAAUUGCCGCCGUGUGUGGUCCCGUUAAAUCUUGUCGCCCAGGAUAUUAUGAACGCAUUGCUGAAAAGUUUCUCACGUUCAUCAAAACGUGAAUGGCUUAGCUAUUUUUGUUCAACACAUUUCUGGGGCCCGGUGGCUAACUGGGGUAUCCCGAUUGCAGCACUCGCUGAUCUCAGGAAAAACCCGGAUCUCAUUUCUGGUCCAAUGACGACAGCACUAUGUAUCUACUCGGGAGCUUUUAUGCGAUUUGCCUGGAGAGUGGAGCCACGAAAUAUGCUCCUUUUCGCUUGUCAUUUCACUAAUAUUUCAUUGCAGCUCAUGCAGGUACAGUGUACUUAA